AUCCUUCUGUGCUCACUAGAAACUGCGUCUCCAUUUUCCGCGAGGCGCGGCGACGGUCGAACUUGAUAACGGAAACGGCAGAAGCUUCGCCAAACGUUUAGCAGCCACAUGCAAAGCGAACUCUGCAAAGUGGAUACCACCCAGUAGACAAAGACUUGGACUAUUUUUGCUAUUGUUUUUUUACUAUAGCUUUUGCAUCGCCCCAUCUGCAGAAACUGAAUUUAAACACAAUAUGGAGAACGAAAGCAAGUAUCUCCCCGAGCUCCUCGCGGAGAAGGACAGCCUGGACACAUCGUUUACGCACGCUAUGAAACUUUUAUCUGCAGAAAUCGAGAGAAUCCAGAAAGGAGAGACCAAGAAAGAGGGGGAAACAUACCUGGACCUUUUCACAGUCAAGAACAUCAAGCUGAAAGAGCGAGUGCUGAUCCCAGUCAAACAGUACCCAAAGUUCAACUUCGUGGGGAAGAUCCUGGGACCGCAGGGCAACACCAUCAAGCGUCUGCAGGAGGAGACGGGGGCCAAGAUCUCCGUUCUGGGAAAGGGCUCCAUGAGGGACAAGGCCAAGGAGGAAGGUCUGAGGAAAGGAGGAGAGCCCAAGUACGCCCACCUGUCCAUGGACCUGCACGUGUUCAUCGAGGUGUUCGCUCCUGUGCCCGAGGCCUACGUCCGCAUGGCCCACGCCAUGGAGGAAGUCAAGAAGUUCCUGUUUCCUGACAUGAUGGAUGAUAUCUGUCAGGAGCAGUUCAUGGAGAUGGGCUACCUGAACGGGGGCCAGGAACAUGUCGGCCGGGGCCGAGGGGGGCCUCCGACCAGGGCUCGCGGAGGACACCCACCCACAGGAGCGCCCAGGGGAAGGGGGAUGCCCCCGCGCGGAGGCGUGGCCCGCGGCGGCCCCACCAGGGGCGGACAGGCUCGGGGUGCCCCGGCGGGCCGAGGAGGACCUCCAGCGGCCCCCGCCAGAGGGGCAGCCACCCCUCGAGCCAGGCCCCCUGCGGCCGGACCCCCUCAGAGAAUGCCCCCUCCUCCCCCCCAUCAGCAUCAACACCAGCACCCCCCGGCCGCGGACACCUACGAGGACUACUCCUAUGAUGAAACCUACACAGAACCAGAGUAUGAAUCCUACGACAGCUACUACAGCCAGCCACAGGCAGAGCCAGAAUAUUAUGACUACGGACACGGGGAAUCACAGGAGACCUAUGAUUCCUACGCUCAAGAUGACUGGAACGGGACUGCGAGGCCAGCAGGAGGGAAAGUGCCCCCAGCCAGACCUGUGAAGACCACGUACCGGGAACACCCUUAUAGACAAUACUGAACUGACUUCACCUAGCGGUUAACGCGUCGCCCUGACAACAGCCUGUCUACCACGGCAGAUCUCGCUUUAAAGCAACCCGACAAAAAGUAAUUGUUAGUUUUUGUUUUUUGUUUUUGCUAUUUUCUACGCUGGACUAUUCCGUGAGGAGAGAAAGAAAAAAAAAGUACAAUAGCUUCAAGAACUGACCGGAGCAUGUUUGAGAAGUGACGUCAAAUCCUAAAAUGAUUUUUAGAUGGUGUAGAGAAGAGAACAUCUCUCUCUUUUCUUCCUUUCCCUCUUUUUCUUUUCUUAUUUCCGUUCUGGUUUAUUUAGCUUUUAUUCUUUCUGCCCCCAUCUCUUCCUUAAGCUUUUUUGCAUUGUUGAACGCAAACCUUUUUUAAUGUUUGAAACGAGUCAUUUCUAGUGAAGUUGGCGGCCCAUUGUUCACUUUUUAGUGUCUUAAGUAAAACAUUUAAUUGUUUUUUUUAAAAGUCUGUUGAGGGACAGUUGCAGAUUCCCAUUUAGGCUACAUUUCAAAAUUCUGCUUAAUAUAGCGUAAUAAAAGAACCAUAAAAGUCAUGUAAUAUAGACUCCAAAAAUAUUAAAUUAAAUGAAGGAAAACAAUGUUAAUGGGAUUCAUGACAAUAUAUUCUUGAUUUAAAUUCCCAUUUGUUUUAAAUAGUCUUAAAAGUUGGUCAAUGUAGAUUUAGGCAACAAUAUUUGUCAUUUGUACUUUUAGAGUUUUGAAAUAUAGCCCUAAUAGACACUGUUGAGAUGGACUGUCCUCAUAUCCUAAACUUGUGUUAAAAGUAGCUUUUAAGACUCAAACUGGAGUCAAACUGUCAUUACAACAAGUUGUCAUGCUAAAACAGUCAGUUCAGCACUUUACAAUGGAUGAUCUGAUUCUCUUUAACCUGCAUGCACAAAGUACGCAAUGAAGGAUUGGGACAAAAAUCUCCACAUGAGUCUUUCACAAUGGAGAAGGGACCCUGCAUCUUAAUCCAACCUCCUGUACAUAUUUUCAAAAACGUCCAAAUUGUACUUACUCUGCCAGUAGUAUCUGUACCCUCUCCAUAAAAUGCAUUAUGCUACAUGUGUAAGCUUGCCUAAAUAGGUAACUAAAUCUGUCCAAAAGAUGUUUUGCAGCAGUUUGUCAAUAAAGCCUAGUUUGUUUUUUUAUGAAACAUAACUUUGUUUAUUUUCUUUUUCUGUCAUAGUAAAAUUUGAAAUGCCCUUUUUUAAACAACCUUCAUCAGUUAGUUAUAGGUGUUUUGCUUUGUUUCUCCUUCCAAAAAAACUCCCACAUUUUAAAUCUAAAUGAAUGCAUUACAGCCUGACUACGUUAACCCUUACUAAAUGAUGUUUGAUGGAUUUUUUUUAAAAGAGCACAACUUAUUCUUUCUCUCUCUUUCUAUACUUUUUAAAAAAGGACCCAGAGGUAAGACCUCUAAAAUAACCUGGAUAGCUUCCUAAUGUCUAUAGAGUUCUAAAGCAUUGAGUGCCUGGGUAUGUAUAAGACUUUUUCAAUCCUCUUACCUGUGGUCAUAAUUAAUGAGAAAUGUUAUUGUUAGCGUCUGGAAAAUUAACUGAAUUCAAACCACUAUUCUAGCGCAGGUUUUACAGUACGAUGUUUUCAUGUCGCGGUUGCCGUGGCGCGACGGUGCCCUUUAGUAGUGACAGAGUAAUGCAGUGCACUGGAGAGGAUGGGUAUAACCUAGAGCACUCCAGUGUAAAGGCAGAGCUAGCGCUCACCAGAGCGACUGGACAUGAAAAGACCAGUCAUGAGGACACACCCAAGUUGGAGCCUCAGUGACACCCCCGCACUCUGGGACUGGACGGGAAGCUAUCAGGCCUCCCCAGUGACGAACCGUCCCAGAAAGGAGCACCGUUCGUUGGGGAGAGAAGGGUAUGGAUAGAGGGCGUACCGCCAGGAAAACGAGGGAGGCCUGGAAGAGUAGGAGCCCGCUGUAGAAGAGAUGUGGAUGGAAAUAGAAAGGCCGGAAUGUUCCAGAUUGAUCACCCAUGGACCUUUCACACAGUGAAUACCUGUGUUUGAUUUAUUUGAAUGUUCAAGUUUUACUUUAAUGUACCGAUCCUUAGUGGAUUAUUUCAAGAAAGGUCAAUACUACCCUGAAACACCUUAUAUUUAGAAAAACACAUGUUCUGAUGAAUUGUAGCUCUUUUGCUACCUGCGAACUUGAAUGUGUACUCGUCCUUGUGUACUGGUAGAUGAAAUGUUUUCUGCAAGCUAAGCUGUAUCUUCCACGUAUGACUCAUGCAUAAAAUGUUCUUUGUGUUACGUUCCUAAGUACCCAGUUUUGUUUUGGUGGCGGCUCGUUUGUCUCCAUGCAUAAUUGCCAUGCUGCAUUACAUGCUUUGCAUGUGAACAAAAUAUGCCCUAGAAGAGAAUCUGUAUCUGCUAUGCUUAAAUUCACUGCUGCUUUGGCACGUUGAAAAUCACCCUGGCUUACAAGUGUGCAUGUGUGCACACACACUCACACACACACACACUAACCUUAGCACAACACAGACGAUGCAGCCCUGUGGAUAUCAAAUGCUAAUGUGAAACUCAUUUGCAUAUAUCCCCCUGCCCCCCCCCCCCCAACAAAACAUGUGCAAAGCUUUGGUACCAAAUGUUGGCUUUCUCCCACAAGCCUGACCGCCAAAUAUGAGAAUCUAGCUAUGAGGAACAGGAAUGUUUGCACGAUAGACAUUUUGACAGAGAGGGUGACGGAUGUCCAUAGCACAUUCCUCUUUAAACCAUAUCUAAACCUUUCCUUUCCAAACAAUGGCAUCCCCAGCAUAGUCUGGUAUUACCGUGCAGCACACACAACACUAAUCACUCAGACCUUUCAUGCAGAGUUUAAUCAGCAUUAGCCAAUACUUGAGCCCGUAUUUACUAGCGUAAAGGAGGACGGCCUUGGGACAGGGACGAUAAUGGAGGGAGAGCUUAGUCCCUCACGGGGUUGCAUGCAAAUGUGAUGACGACAUAAAGUCAGCUGAACGAUGUGAAAUGUAUUUGUGUUAUUCUGAUUCUGAACACAAGUGUUCAGUUCGAUCAUUUUGUUUCAUAUAGCCUCUCUUUAUUGAAUACAAUGUAUACAAGCCGAAUGGAUUAAAUAAAUGAAUCAUGGAGGCAACAUCCAUA